GUCAAAAACCACGUAGUUUUAUCAAUUACACUGUAGAAUUGGUUUGUGAAUUGGGGAAAAAGCAAUCCAGAGAUGGCUCAACAGAGACAAUUUCAGAUGGAAGGUAAUAAUAAUAAUAAUACGAACGAUACCAAGUUGACGAAAAUCUUCGUGGGAGGAUUAGCUUGGGAGACGCAAAGAGAUACAAUGAGACGUUACUUUGAACAGUUUGGUGAUAUCGUCGAAGCUGUUGUUAUUACUGAUAAGAACACUGGAAGAUCCAAAGGAUAUGGAUUUGUGACGUUUAAGGAAGCUGAAGCAGCGAUGAGAGCUUGUCAGAAUAUGAAUCCUGUGAUUGAUGGAAGAAGAGCUAAUUGCAAUCUCGCUUGUCUUGGUGCUCAAAAACCUCGUCCUCCUACUUCUCCUAGACAUGGAGGAACAGGUAGAUUCAGAUCACCAGGAUCAGGAGUUGGAUUAGUUGCUCCUUCUCCUCAGUUUCGAGGCUCUUCUUCUUCCCCUGCUUUCGUUCAUCAACAACAACAACACACUGGUCAAUUCCCAUUUCCUUACUCUACUUACGGGUUUUCUGGUUAUUCUCAAGAGGGAAUGUACCCAAUGAACUACUACAAUCAUCAUCUCUAUGGAGGACAACAAUUUUCACCGUAUAUGGGACACCCAUCAUCAGGAUCAACAGGAAUGUUCCAUGGUUUUUAUCCUUUCUAUGCUCAAUACAAUGCAGCACAAAGUAGCAGUCAGGCACAAGCUCAAGUUCAACAUCACCAAGGUUUCAGCUUUCAAUACACUGCUCCUCCGGCUGCUCCUUUACUGCAAUAUCCUUACUUGCCUCAUCAGCAACACUUCAGUUCUCAGCAGCAAUUCAGCUCUCAGCAGCCUCCGCCUCCAAUCCUCUCCCUCCCAACCUCUUUAGCUCUAUCACUACCAUCAACUUCAUCACCAUCCUCAUCAACAUCCACCUCAGCUGCAACAACAGCAACAAAAACAGUAGUUAUUACUACAGCAACAAAGAAUGCAGCAACAGCUGAAACUAGCACCAAAGAUGUUCUGCUUUUCUCUGUGAUUUUGUUUGUUUUGAGCUCUGAAUCGAUGGGGGAGAUUGUUGUUUUAAGUAGUGAUGAUGGUAUGGAGACGAUAAAGAACAGAGUAAAGUCAUCAGAAGUUGUUCAGUGGGAGAAGUAUUUGCCUAAAACUGUUCUUAGGGUUUUGUUGGUUGAAUCUGAUUACUCAACUCGUCAAAUCAUCACUGCCCUUCUUCGUAAAUGCUGUUACAAAGUUGUAGCUGUUUCUGAUGGUUUAGCUGCGUGGGAGGUUCUAAAGGAGAAGUCACAUAACAUUGAUCUUAUACUAACAGAGCUGGAUUUGCCAUCUAUAUCUGGUUUUGCUCUGCUUGCUUUGGUUAUGGAGCAUGAAGCUUGCAAGAACAUUCCUGUCAUAAUGAUGUCUUCGGAAGAUUCGAUAAAAAUGGUGUUGAAGUGUAUGCUCAGAGGUGCUGCUGAUUAUCUUAUUAAACCAAUGAGGAAAAACGAGUUGAAAAAUCUAUGGCAACAUGUGUGGAGAAGACUUACUUUGCGUGAUGAUCCUACUGCUCAUGCUCAAAGCUUACCAGCUUCACAGCACAACCUUGAAGAUACUGAUGAAACUUGUGAAGAUUCCAGAUAUCAUUCUGAUCAAGGAAGUGGUGCUCAGGCUAUCAGCUACAAUGGUCACAAUAUGCUAGUGGAGAAUGCCAAAUCAGUGGAUGAAAGAGACGAGUUUAAGGAAUCUUUUGAUGUGACAAUGGAUUUGAUUAGUGGAAUUGAUAAGCGUCCUGACAGUCUUUAUGGAGACAACAGUCGAGAUGAGUGUGUUGGUCCUGAGCUUGGACUUUCUCUGAAAAGAUCUUGCUCUGUAAGUUUUGAGAACCAAGAUGAAAGCAAGCAUCAGAAGCUUAGCCUCUCUGAUGCAUCAGCCUUCUCAAGAUUUGAGAAUAGUAAGCCAGCAGAAAAAACCGUCGUUGCUUUAGAGGAGAGUAGUUCAGGUGAGCCAAAGACACCAACCGAAUCACAUGAAAAGUUGAGAAAAGUAAGAUCUGAUCAAGGAAGCGCCACAACGAGCAGCAACCAGGAGAAUAUUGGAUCAUCAAGCAUAAGCAGACAAUGUGGACAGAACGAGUUAAGCUUCCGUAACCAAGUUCAGAAGCAACAUCCGCAAGAUUCCCCCAUACCGGUAGAAUCAAAUCGUGUGAAAGCAGAUAGCAAGGAAGUAGAAGUUGGUUCUCAAAGCACCUGCAACACCAAUGAGGGGAUUGGUGGACAAAGCAGUAGCACAGAGAAACCAAAGGAAGAAGAAAGUGUGAAACAACGUUGGAGUAGAAGCCAGAGAGAAGCUGCAUUGAUGAAGUUCCGGUUGAAGAGGAAAGACCGUUGCUUUGAUAAAAAGGUUCGAUACCAGAGCAGGAAGAAGCUAGCAGAACAACGUCCACGAGUGAAAGGCCAGUUCGUGCGAGCCGUGAAUUCAGAUGCAUCUACUAAAUCAUGAAGCUCUCUUGAAGUUUUUCUCUGAUUUCUUUUGUUGAAUUUAUAACAGAAACUUAUUUAGCUUUGCAAUCUUUAGUGUGCUUUUUUUGUAUUUGAUUGGCUUCUUCUUCUCAGCUAAUAUGAGAUAUUGGGGUAACUUUUGUAUAUAAGUCUGCAAAUGACCAGGCUAAGCUAAAGCACAGUAAUUCCAAUUUCGUUAUGUUGAGAAAUAUUUCUUCUUUAGACACAUCAAUAAAAGAAGCUCUCAAAAGUAAAAAUCAAAUACAUGA